CAUUCAAUAUUUUUUUGCCAUUCAACACACAGCUGAAGGUGUCUAAACUGCAAUGCUUGAAACUAUUUAUUUGCCUUUUUUCAGUGUUCUGUAAGUAGCUGUAAUAUUAUACCUUUACUGCAACUCAUAUCCUCUCAAAUGAAAUGAACAAUGUUGUUGGACAUCAUCAUUCACAUGACAGAGUGAAGAAAUUAACCGCUCAAAGUUUCUAAUUGUUGAAAAACCAAAACCAAAACCAAAACUAAAACACACUGAGCUCCAGGCGACAUGACGAACAGGAACAACUAUCACCUAUGUUUAACUGGAAGAUCACAGAAUACGUCCAUGCUCUGCCCUCCUAUCAGAACUUUGUGUUAGAGCCCAGUUCACACUGAAGCUUCAUGGAGCCUCAGAGAGAACCUGGCUGCUGAUGAGCAAGUGGGAAAGAGCCGAUGAUGGAGAGCCUGCUUGUGAAAACAGACGAAACCGGUGCAGUGGGCGGUCAGGAAGAGGAUUUUCCAUUCUAGGAUGGUCAGAGACAGUCUGGACAGAACGUCUGAUCAGAACCAAAAACGGGAGCCAGCAGCUGAGCCACAGAGUCCAAGGCAGAACCCAGAGGAGUCACAUCGACCCGAACGAGCAGCGGAAAAAAUAAACACAGAAAACAAGGACUCUGCAGGAUCAAAGCUAGACUUUCUGCUCUGGUGCAAACUCAAAUUCGAGGAGGAGUCGGAGUCCUGGAGGCUGCCAGAGACAGGAGCAGAUGCUGACGGCUUGCCCACACACAUCCGUCCAUUCACCAGCUUUGCAGAGUAUCGUCUGGUCAAACUCACCUACCUACAGCUGCAGGAAAGUGGUUUCUACUGGGGGCCCAUGACCAUGGAGGAAGCACACCAAAGACUCACUCACGCAGCUCUGGGAACUUUCCUUCUCAGGGACAGCGGCCAGCCCGAUGUUUUCUUCACUCUCAGCUACCAAAGCGAAGACGGCCCCACCAGCGUCCGUGUCCAGCUGAACAACCUGCUCUUCAGCCUGCAUGGCAGCCAAAAAACUUUCCCUUCGCUGUUCGCUUUGCUUGCCUUCUACACCAGCUCCCCCUGUAGGCUGACUGAGCCCUACCGCAGGCAGCGGCCGGAGCGCCUAAAACAGAUGUGCAGGAGAGCUCUGGUACGAACCUACGGUGCCGAAAGGAUGUGCACCUCACCUGGACUCAGCCCUGAUGUUAAGGCUUAUGUCGGUGCGUACCCGUACUGUACAUAGACAAACCUGUGGAUGCAGUGCCUUUUACAGCAUUUAGAUGUGAUUUAUUAAGUUAAAAACUGUGUAUUUGUUGUUUUUGUAUUUUACUGGAGACAAUUUGGUACCACAUGUACGGUAAUGAGAAAUCAGAUUGAAAGUGUUUUAUUCAUGACUUACAACAUUAUUGUAUGCUUGACAAUUCAAUCAUCUCCAGUUAAUCUGACUGUUCUUGUUAGUAAAAUUUAAAUGAAAAGGAAGUCAAAACAAGGCACACAAAUCAUUGUGGACAUUUUUUUUACCUUUAAUAUGACAUCUACCCAGUGCUUCACCAGAAGAAGAGAAAACCUCUGGCUAAGUCCAGACCUGAGUCUGAUUUACUCCUCAGAAGCCGACAAAUCUGGAGUUUGGUUUUAUAAAUUGUUUGUCAAAUUGUUAAAUUGUUUAUCUUGCUCUCAUCGUUUUUGCAUCAUAAAAUCCAGACAUUUUAUCAAGGGUGUGAAUCUUUAGCUCCACUGUUUUAAAAUCCUGAGGCAAAUGAGGAAACUUUUAAUACAAAAUGUUUUUUAGACAGCACGUUGCCUAAAAACGUCUUCAGGCAACAUGUUGCCAAACUGCACCUCCUCUUGCUAUUAUGUGGAGAAACUGAGAAAUGCCAUUGCAGCAAGUGUCUUUAUAGUUAAUAACAUUUGACCUGUGAAUAAUAACAUAAUCUGUGAUAUGCUUAGUAUUUUAUUUCAGGAAAACAAGAACAUAAUUAUCAAAGCAUCUCAUGGUGAAUUACAUAAUUGCCACAAGUAAGCGACAUGUUACAAAUUAAGAAAUUCAUAUCUUUUCUGUCUCAUACAGAAUGGACAGAAAAAUGCUUCUCUGCAUGUUAGUGGACAUGAAGGCCUCAUUUGAAUUUAGGUGCUUGCAAAAGACAUUUCUUUGUUUUUUGGCAGUUUUAUUUUUCUGUUUAGAUCUGUUGAUCUUUCAGUGUUGAAUUUUGUUCCAUUCUGCAUUUGUUUUGUAUGUUAUGCAGAAAUCAAACAGUUAUGCACUGAACCCAAAGAUUGCACUUUGGUUGUUCUAGUUGGAGACAUUAGAUUCAAUUUUACUAAUGUGUGCAAUUUUAAAACUAAUUCAAAACUUGAAUUAAUUUGUCAUGUUCUUGUGUCUGUAAAAAUGUAUAUAUUGGUACAAAUGCAGCUAUCUAUUGCACAAUCGUUUCUAAAGGCUUUUCCAUUUUUUUGACCAAUGAAGCUGUUAUUUUGGCUAACUUCCCAUAUUUACUUUAGGUCAGGCUAAUUAUAAUUUUAUGUUAAUAUGAAGCCUAAGCGUAAAUUCAAACUGGAAGACUCUAUUCAUCUGACCUGCCCAAUCAAAGAUGUCGUCAUGCGCCUCGAUUCCAACCAAUCGGUGAUGGUCUCCUCCUCCAAUCAUCAAGCGUCUUCCUUGAUAAGCUCCAGCUGUUCAUCGUCUUCCGCUCUUGGCUGAGCUUCAAGCUGCUGCUGCUCAACCUCGCCGUGUUCUCGCUCUUUCGUGGAAAUAUUGGACUCUUUCUUCUUUCUACCCAGGCUUGAAAGCUCCUGUUGCGCAGUUGAUACGGAUUUCUGCUCUUCCGAGGUCAAUCUCACUCAGCUCCGGGAUGAUCCAUCCCUAAUCUCUCUCGUUGCACCUUCGCAUCACGGGACCCUCCAUCCGUCUUCAGUAGCAUGUGAACCUUCAACCUCGGCGGGAUUCUCCUUCCUCCGAUCCAGUUUCCAACUUCUUGUAGCCUUUCGUCUAGUCCUUAUCAUCUAGUUUGUUAUAUUUUCUAUUGUCUAUAUUUUAAAGGGGCCGCGCUAGAUAAAAAUCUUAGUUCAUCACGUUGUCAAACACUAUCUGAACUCUCGUUCCUAUUUUUUCACUUGUUUUCUCCCUUGGCAGAUUUUCCCGCUUUCAAACCUCUUAGGCAAAACUCCACCUGUCCGUGUUUUCCCCAUUUCCAUUAGGUAAUUAGCCAACCGGUGAAAUUGCGCAUCUUUAGAGCUGGAACUAUUUCUCCUUCGUCUAUAGAAAUUUGCUCAUGUAUCCGGAGCUAAGCGUUUGGAAGAUCAGACUCUCUAAAACUAAGACGCCUGUUUCAAAGCUGGAUUUUUGAAGUCAACUCAUUUAUAUUCAUUCCUGUGGCAUUUUCAUAAAUCAUAUUGCUGCUUCUCGUGCUUUAGAAUUAUUCUGCAGCUGGCAACAAUCACUGCAGCUUCGGUGCCAGAGGAGCUGAGCUGCGGCCGAUGGCUUUUAUUUGGGGGCAGAAUAAACACCCAGCUAGCAUUCAAUGUUCAGAGGACGUCCGCCGGUGUUCUGACUGUCAGUGCUACCUCGUCAGAUUUUCCUACCGUAGCACGGAUAGAUAGUCUGUCUGUCGGUGCUACGCGUCCAAAACUGCUACCGUCAUGUUUACAAACAGAAAACUACAGCGGGUUGUGUUAAUGUUAAAUAUAUUGAAUAACAUUAUUUGAGUGACGGGACUGAAGUGGAAGCUUAGGAGUUACUGUAUAUUUAGCUUAGCAUUGGAACAAUUUGUAUGACGAAACCACAAGAAGAUCACUUCCUUCAUCUGAAUAUCCUACCUGUUUAAAAUGAAAAGCUGUAGUGUGCACUAAUCCUUCACUAGUAUAUCCUACCUUUGAAAAAAUAUUUUAAAUACAGAGGUGUUUGUAAGAAUAAAACAGUAUCAAACAGGGGAAACAGGUUUUUAUUGGAAUUAAAUUAAACACAAACAAAUCCAGAUCACCGCAACUCUUUUGCGCAUUAAUCCGUUGUAUGACAGACUUUAUCAAAUGCAGCGCAGCCGCAAUGUGUCACUGAACCGCGCAGGUCACUGUGUUCCUGAAAUGAUAGGAUAUGAUUAACAUACACUGAUAUUACAUCGCUAUUACACAGCUUCAGUCCCACAUAGUAUCGCUAACAUCUAUUUAGCAAAGUUUAAUAAUAAAAAAAGAGUGUAAUUAAACUAAAAUUUUUUAGACAAAAUAGCUUAAAAAACAACGUAUUUUGUCCUGAUUAACCGCCAAACAAUGACAGUUGUUUACAGCAGUAAUGACUUUGCAGAGGGCAGCACGUUUCAACAGAACACCAGCCCAAGGUAUAAGCAAACUAAGCAGCCACUAAGGGGCCCCCUCAGUGGAGCUGAUUUUUUUUAGUAAUAAUUUCUAUGU